CUCGACGAAUUGCCCCACUAAGGUUUUGGGGGAAUCUCAGUUCAUAAUUAUUAGUAGUUGCUAAACAUUGUCUUCCAAAAUUCUGUGUUUGCUUCAGCUAUCUGUUCUCGUGUAGAAGUUGCGCUUUUGAAGUCUUGAUCAGAUAGAAGAAGCCGGAGAAUUUAAUGUUGACAUCAGCAUUGCUUUCGAGCAGAACUGAGGAGGAAGAUGGUUUCUUUUGAAGUCUUUUUGUACUUCUACAAAGAAUGAAAUAGUUAUAUGAAACAAGAUGAGCUUCAAAAAGCAUGUAAUGAGUUUCAGCGUUGUGGUCUUUGCUUGUUUGGAUGAAUACGUAAGAAGCUGAGGAAGAACAAUGUGAAAACAUUUGCUGUUAUGUAUUUUGUGCAUACAGACUAUAUGCUAUGUGUGAUGCAGAUAGGGGCCCUUGAAAGGAUCCGGUAUAUUCUGCACAAGAAGAUGAUACGAAGGUUGCAGUCUACUCUUAAAUGUUCCUGCAGCUAUGUCAACCGCGGCAUUCACAACGCUGCGUGUUCAAGUUUCAAGAACGAACAACCUUUUAAUGAAUAUAUAGGCUCCUUGUGCAAGCAAAAGCUUUUCAAAGACGCCCUUCACGCCUUUGAUGUUUCACAAAAGAAAGCAGAUUUUCUGGUUGAUCCUACCACCUAUAUUCAUUUGAUUUCUGCGUGCUCAUCUUUGAGAUCCGUGGAAUAUGGAAGGAAGAUUCACGACCAUCUCUUGAGAUCUAACUUGCUCCCCUAUAUGAUUCUUGAGAAUCACAUCAUCAAUAUGUAUGGAAAAUGUGGAUCAACAGUGGAUGCUAAGAAAGUUUUCGAUAGUAUGUGGGAGAGAAAUGUGGUGAGUUGGAAUGCAUUGAUUGCUGGAUACUCACAGCAUGGUCAGGACAUUGAAGCCAUUGAAUCAUAUAUCCAAAUGCAGCGGUCUGGUUUUAUGCCCGAUCACUUCACGUUUGGAGGUGUGAUUAAAGCUUGUUCGAGUUUGACAGAGGCUGGUUUGGGGGAGCAGUUGCAUGCCCAGGUUGUUAAGUCUGAAUUUGGUUCCCACCUAAUAGCUCAAAAUGCUCUCAUUGCAAUGUACAACAAGUUUGGUCGAAUUAACAAGGCAUGGGUUGUUUUCUCCUUAAUCGAGUCAAAGGAUUUGAUUUCCUGGAGUUCAAUUAUUGCAGGAUUUUCAAAACUGGGUUAUGAGCUGGAAGCUCUGAGUUGUUUUAAGGAAAUGCUGUCACAGGGUACCUACCACCCGAACGAGUUUAUCUUUGGGAGCAUUUUUAGAGCUUGUGGAUCUCUUUGUCAGCCAGAAUAUGGCAGGCAGAUACAUGGGGUAAGUGUUAAAUAUGGAUUUGAAGGCAAUGUUUUCGCAGGUUGCUCCCUGACCGAUAUGUAUGCAAGAUGUGGUUUCUUAUAUUCGGCAAAAACUGCAUUUGAACUGAUCAAACAUCCUGAUAUAGUGUCGUGGAAUGCAGUGAUAGCAGGCUUUGCAUAUGGUGGUGAUGCAAAUGGAGCAAUGAUGUUCUUUUCUCGAAUGAGACAUUUGGGUUCAGCACCGAAUGAUAUCACCGUCCAUUCCCUGCUUUGUGGCUCCGCGGAUCCCUCAACACUUUGUCGGGGGAAACAGGUGCACGGCUAUAUUAUAAAGACUGGACUCCUUCUGGACCUUCCCGUAUGUAAUACAUUGCUUUCGAUGUAUGCUAAUUGCUCAGAACAUAUGGACGCAUAUAAAAUGUUCAAUUAUAUUCAAGGCAGUGCAGAUCUUGUCUCUUGGACUGCUGUAAUCACUAUGUGCAUGCAUCAGCACCAGGCUGCAGAAGUUUUCUCCUUAUUUAGAACAAUGCUGCUACUUCACGGGAGACCUGAUUGUGUUAUCUUGGCUAAUGUUCUCAGAGCUUGUGGGAAAGUCGCCACAUUAGAGAUGGGGGAUCAAGUUAACUGCUGCUCUGUGAAGCAUGGGCUCGACUCUGACAUUGUGGUCAUGAAUGGAUUGAUCGAUAUGUAUGUCAAGUGUGGAUCGCUUGAAAGAGCUAGAAAGGUCUUUGACUGCAUGCCCAACCCGAAUGUUGUGUCGUGGAGUAGUUUGGUUGUUGGAUACGCACAGUUUGGCUUGGGAGAAGAAGCUCUGAAUCUCUUCAGUGAAAUGAAGAAACGAGGCGUAAAACCUAACCAGGUUACAUUUGUAGGAGUUUUGACUGCUUGUAGUCAUGUUGGACUGGUGGAUGAGGGGAUGCAGCUAUUGAAAUCGAUGGAACACGAGCACGGUGUGAUCCCUACACGAGAGCACAUCUCGUGCGUUGUUGACCUUCUUGCUCGAGCUGGUCGUAUCAAUGAUGCAGAAGCUUUCAUAAAUAAACUUGGAUUGGAAGCUGAUGCAGUGAUAUGGAAAACUCUACUGGCUGCCUGUAAAAGCCGUGGCAACGUUGAAGUUGGAAGACGCGUUGCAGAGAAGAUAUUGAGGGUUGAUCCUUCCAACUCUGCUGCUCAUGCCUUGCUGUGCAACAUACAUGCCUCUGCUGGCAACUGGAAAGAUGUGGCCCGUUUGAGAGCUUCGAUGAGAGAGAAGGGCGUCAAGAAACUCCGCGGACAGAGCUGGAUCGAGGUCAAGGAUCGGAUCCAUGUUUUCUCAGCCAAAGAUGGACUGCAUUGCGAAAAGGAUAAGAUAUUCUCGACUUUGGAGGAGUUGUUUUUGCAAAUCUCCGACGUUGGUGCCUUCCAAGAGAGAUCAAAGCUUUCUUAGUUGAAGGGGAAGAAUUUUGGCAGAUUAUGAAGAUCUUACUGCAUUGGAUCAAAAUCAUUUCAACUCGACGUUGUGUUAUCGCAGACGAGAUCUUCUAUUUUUAAAAAAUGGAGGCUUGUUUCUUGAGAUACAAUUGGAGCAGUGCAAAUAUGAACCUAAGAUGUUAAUUUGA